CGGAGGAGUAGCGACUAGCGAGCGAGCGACUCGAUCGCCAACCAACUGGCAGCUGGCUGCUGCUUCUUCAGUUCCACACAAGCAUCGCAGCGAGGAGGACGCAACCUCUCCCAGGUCCCGACUUGAGCUUAUAUACACACGUCUCUCGCCUCUCGCUGACUUUGACUUGACCCACUACUACGUUCCCAAGCUUUCUUCUUCUUGUUCUUUGCGGUUUCCUGACCGUAGCAGUAGAAUCUUGGAUCGUUUCGUUGCCAUGUACAUCGACUCGACAAAGUCCCCUCGCGAAGGGGCAGUGCCGACGAGUGAAACGGGAGUGCCACCCAGUGCAAACCAAGUGCCAAGAACGUUUCCGGAGCAGAAACCACUUCUCCCUCCUUCUCACGCCACGACCAACAACAACGGCAUCACGCCUUCCAGGUCGUUCGUGAACCGGAAGAAACUGAUCUGCAGGUGCCCCAGGGGAAUCCUGUGCGGGAAGGACAUCCAGAACGCCCGGGGCAGUCACAGAAGUUCUUCGUCGUCCAACAACGGCAGCAGCAGCAGCGGUGCCACCAUCCCCAUGCAGUUGAACAUUCCCCUCCAAAUGGACGCCAUGAUGACGGCAUAUCCUCAUCUAGUGCCGGAUCCCACUAAGGUGUCCGGGGCAGUGCCAUCCUGGGCCUCCCAAGGCAACAACGCCAACGCCAACACACUCAGCUACUUUCCCGUCACUACCAAAAGGGAGCUGGUGGUCAGGGGUGUGCACAAUCCCCUCCUACCUUACGACCCGAACAGGCUCAUUCAGCAGCAGCAGCAGCUGCAGAUGCAGCAGAGUAAAAGGACCCUCCAGAUUCCCAGCAGCUACAGGAAAAGAGCUAUAGACUAUAUGAUGACUCACCUUCAGCUCAGGGGAGGCGAAAAUGAAAAGGGUCUCGAAGCAGUUCGCAAGCGCAUCGAAAGACUGGAGGAGCAGGCAUUCACGUCAGCUGAGGACAAGGACCAGUAUGUCCAACUGCUGGCAUUCAAGCUAGGCGCCAUCAUGGAGAGUUUAUACAGCUGCCGCAGCAACCGAAUGAACUUAUCGAGGACCCACUCCACCGCCACUCAGCCACAGCCCACAUGCGGUUAAAAACUGCCCACCCUCACGCCCACGCCCUCGCCCACGGCCUAGGUCGUCCCCCCUCGAAACGCCUUCGCGCCCACAUCAUCCCGACAUGACUUGAUCCGAGCCAAGAAAUCAUCAUCAACACCACCACCACCACCAUCCUCAUCGCAUUAUCAUUAUUUAUAUUCAUCACAUGAUGACGACAGUGAGCAGUUGCUGCUGAAGUGUGCUAAAGAGGGAGAGAAAGAAGUUUCCCGGGGAAACUGCCUUUCUUCUUGUCAGGUGUUCGUCUGUCUCUCUCACCUUCCUUGGAAUGACGACCCGAAGAAACUUUCAUAAAAUGCAAAUUGUAUAAACAACCUCGACCAUUAUCUCCAAGUUCAAUACACGAAUACAGACGUAGACCUUUUUUUUUCUUCUGAUGGUCUUCAUCAUUUGAGUUUCCAGAGAGAAAACAAUUUAUUGAGCAAAGAAACUUAUAAAGCAGAAAAUGAUCACGCCAUGUUUGGACAACCGCGUGUAUUAUUCCUACCGCAACAACUGCGUUAUUCGACCACGGUCUUGGAAUCCUCCCUGUCUGUAUCGCCGAGAGACCCCUUCCCGAGAAUCAAGAGCGUAAAGGGAAAACCUUGGAAAAAAACAAAUAUACCAACGGCAAACUCAGCCCAUCCGAGUGAGAAGGACGAAGGGCAGAAAUCGACGUCCAAACGCUGAUAAAAAGGGUUUAGAUUAUUGGCCGCCAAUAAUAACGCAGUAGCCUUGGAACGGCCGAAGCCACAAUUAAGGCAAGAUAAACAGGCUACUUGAUAAACAAAUCGCCUCGCUUAUCAAGACGCCGAUAACUGUCUCCGUAACAGAUUUUUAUUUUAACCCUAUCUUCGGGUCGUCGGAGACUUUGCCGUUCGGGGGUGACUAUAUACCUACCCCGCGGGGGGAGGAGGAAGAAAUGGGGUAGGGGUGGCGCCAGAAGCUACAAUCUGAUCAUUUAUAAAGGAUAAUAAGUAGCUCUACAUUUCCUACGCGACGGCCAACUUCAGAAACACUACACAAAGCAAACCCAGUGUUUUCUCGUGAUAUAUUUAAAGAAAAACCAACCCCACCUCAGAAACCAUCAUCAAGUAGAAAAUCAAGGAGAUGUCCGCCAUCUUGAAGAGGAGCCAGUGUCCGCCAUUUUGAGAGGUCCAAGAAGGGAAAUGCCCUCUUCUCCAAGACCUCGUAUCCCACCAUGACGACGUGGCAGAGCCAAUUGAGAAAUCGGAUUUCGUCCUUUUUUUCAUUUUCCAUUCUCUCUUUCUCCUCUGCGCUGCUCACAGGAGUAUGAAGACCUCAUCCAGAUAACAAGAGUCUAUAGACCCGCGAAUCCCUGAGCUUGAAAAUUCACUCGAAUUCAGUUGCACCCCAGAAGACAGAGCAAAGUUGAACUACUACCUCAUCAGUGUGCUAACACACGUGGAAUUAAUUCUCGUCACAUGGCGACAUGACCCAGUCGUUACAUCCGCAAUGCCAAGAGAAAAACGAUUUAAACUUGAACUUAACAUUUGGAUCACCUGCCGUCACUUCCACAUCGGUACUUGCAUUACUUACAAAAUGUGUGUUGAGUGCACUAGUCAUCUCAUUAGUUUGUAUUCCUUAAGUCGAAGUUAUUUUUUACACCUUAGCCUAUUGUACAGCAUAUUGUUUUAUAUGUCAUAGUUUUUAUGAUUACUUAUAAUAAAAUCAUAUUUAUGAAAAUCA